ACAAUGAGAUGACGUGGUUGGAUGGCGUCGGCGAGGACGGGCGGGGCAGCUGCGCCCAGGACAGCGUCCGCAACUGUGCGAACAGCGUCCGGCUGUUUGGGUUCGCCGUCGAGGACCUGCGCGAAGGCCAGGGGGCGGAGCUGCAGAGGGCGGCCGAGAGGCAGGACGAAGCCAUGGCGGAGAGGUACCCGGAGCCCAGCGGCUCGCAGUGGGGCGGGCAGUGGCCCAGCCAGCGGCAGUGGGCCGGCCUGGCGGGGGGCGCGCAGGACAGCGCCGGCGGGCUGCAGACCUCCACCAGCUCGGAGGGGCAGCCGGCCAGCCCGGCGGAGGAGGGUGCGCAGGGCGCCAGCGACGGCGGCUGGUCCUCUUCCAGCCCCGAGGAUGCCGGGAGCACGGAGGCCGAGGAGAUCCCCCCCGCGGACUUCGAGAGUCUGCCGGAGGGCGUCUACUUCAGCACCAAGGAGCACAUCAAGAUCGUCAUGCAGAAGAGCGAGCGUUUGCGGGGCAGCAUCGAGCGCGCGGAUUCGCCACCGCAGCAGCGGUGGUUCGCCCUGGCUGUCAUCCUCCUGUGCGGGGUGCUGGUGGUGGCCUUGCGGCGCUACGCCUGGAGCAGCGAGCAGCGCACCGACGCAGAGGGCUCACCCGUGGUCAUCAGCCGAACGUCCGUUCGCCAGCUUCUGCGUGUUGUGUGGCCGCUGCCGGGCAAGCUCCCGCAGCUCGUGGAGGCUGACAAGCUGCCGGCGUCGCGCGGCGGUGGCCGGGCGUUGCCGACCCGGCCGAGCAGCUCGCAGAGCCUGCUGGGGCUGCUGGGGGUUUCUGGCGAGCCGGUCGCCUAG